AUGGAAAAGCAGAUGGAGAGAGGAGAAAAUUAUCCAUGCCACGGAGGAAUCCAUCACUAUAAGCCUGGAGUCAGGAACAACGCCAGCAUCAGGGGUACCAGACAGUAUGACGCCAACCAAGUAAGGAGAACUGAAGACGUAACCAGAAGACCUAAUGGACAAGGAGUUCAUGCGGCCAAGUUUAUUACCAUGGAGAGCACCGAUCUUGCUUCUCAAGAAGAAAGCAAAGGCGAUGAUGAGGAGUAUCACCUAGCCGAAGACGGGACCAUCCUACUUCAAGGAAGAAUCAUCAUUCCAGAAGGAAGGAAUCUAAGAAGAAAUACUAAGUAUGGCACACCAGUCUUUACUUAG